UGCUCUUUUGGGAGAGCUGAAGGGUCUCAGUCCUGGAGAACUGUAGUGCCUGGAUAGCUGGGGAAUGGAUGUCUAAAGCAGUGUCGGCACCUGGAGAGGUGACACCUGCCAUCUCUCUAGGUACUACAGCUCCUCAGCUGUCGAAUCUCACCACAACAACAAAAAAAAAAAUACUUGCCAGGACACUUCUGUUGUCACACAGCCAGGUGAUGACACCUUAGCAUGGAUGGUUGUUGGGUUUUUCCUAGCCAGCUUAAUUUCUUGUUGGGUUGGCUGUGAUCACAGGGCUGCCAGCUGCCCUCCCUGCCCUGCCUCUGGAGCUUACUAUCCUCUACAACUCCCUGCUUUUUACUAUGGGAGCAUCUGACUCUGCAGUUGAAGGAGAAGCAGAAGGAAUACGCCAGGGGCUCCUCAGGGUUCUGGAGGCUUGUGGGGCCUGUGGGCAGGACCUUAGCACUGAGGAGCUGUGGCAGAAGGUGCUGCAGGAGGUAACUGUGGAGGAGCUACAGGCACCUUUGCACCGACUGGGGGCCCUGCAAGCUGCGUGGUGGCUGGCAGCCAGCCGCCCAGGAAGCACCGCUGGCCUCUUCCGGCUCCUGAGCAACGCUGAGGACCGGGGGAGCGCUUGCUGCAGCGAGGGGGAGAACGAGCUCCUCUCCCUGCUCAAGGCAUGGCGAGCACCUGCUGAGGGGACUUCCCUGCCCCUAGUACAGAGCACCGAGGACUUGAAAGAGAUCCUCUACACUGCAGCAGCCUUCCUGCAAGGUUUGUGUGGAGGAGGUACUCAUACCAGCACAGCCUCCUGCUGCUCUCCCAUCCCAGGGACCCCUCUCCCUGCCCUUACUCUGGUUUCUCUUCCCAAGCAAACCAGCCCUUGGGGUUUUCUGGGCUUUUCCUUUGGAAAAGGACCUGGGCUGAGCCUCUGGAUCUCAGCUUUGCUGUUCUGUAUCCAAAGAGCUUCUCUGCUUUUUCCCCAGCUAAGCUGUUCUCCCCACUGUCACAGGGUUCCUCUGCCUGUCUGUGGCUUUAGGUAGGUGUCUGGGCCCUGCAGUGAUCUUAUAUAAAGCGGA